GUUUGUUUUUGUUGCUCUUGAUGUUAUAAAAUAAUUAAUUGUAAAAUAAAUAAUUUCUCUGUCUUUAUUCUAAAUAUUCUUCAGCUCUUUAUCAAGUUUUACAGAAUCAGAAAAUAAGCAAAAAAAUGAGAUCACACUAAUGAGAAAAUUUGCAGGGACUACACGUUAUACCAAUUGACCCUGGUCCAACAAACAUCAAUAAACUAAUUCGUUGUGGGAUAAGUGUGUUCGGCAUUUCUUGGAAAAACUGCGGUAAGCAAAGUAAUCCUGUACAGAUGAAGACACUGAAAUUCUCUCCCGAUCCCAUUUCUAUUCCUGGAAAAUUGACUGCAGAGGCAUCGGUCACCACAUCAGCAGCGUUGACCUCUCCUCUUUCUGUGGAUGUGACAGUGAAAAAACGAGCGCUUGGUUUCUGGAUUACAAUACCGUGUAGAGGUCAAAUAGGAAGUUGUCGUUAUCCUAAUGUCUGUGACUUGCUCGAUCAACUAAUUCCUCCAGGACAAGACUGUCCUGAGCCUCUGCAUACAUAUGGCCUGCCCUGCCACUGUCCAUUUAUAGCUGCUGACUAUGCAUUUCCACCGUUAGAUUUCAACAUUUCUCAGAUUGAACUCCCCAGAUUCCUGACCAAUGGCAACUACAAUGUGCAGGGUGUUUUAAAAAGUGCUGACGUACAGAUGGGUUGCUUCGAAAUCAGCUUUUCUUUACAAUCCCAAAACUAACACAAACCGAGAUAAAGGUUUCUGUUGUGGGAUUUGGGCUGGUGCUUGAAUAGCCAAAUGAAAAGUUGUGUACCAACCUACAGGAAUUUAUUACUGUAUACAGUACAAAUCAGUUUUAUUUGACAGAAUCAGUAAUUAUUUGCUAUACUUAUUUUUAAUCAGAAAUCUUCAUCUCAUUACCUUAUUCAAUUGGGUGAUUUUCACGAAAUCCAGAUUUGAAAGGUGUCCAGCAUCACUGAAAAAAAUUAUUCAUUCAAAUUACUAAAUUUUUUUAAGGU